CUACAGAUCACGGUCCACGCCGUCACUUCUGUAGACGCCGAAGACGUACUUGUCCUUUCUGAUAACAAACACGAGACCCCCCCACCCCACUGAGUCCAGGUCGUCAUAGUUGGUGCCCUGCACAGAGUCCCACAGGUCGCCCCAUUCAGUGCCGUGAACAGACGUCCUACACACACACACACACACACACACAAGACACACACACAGACACAGAGCCAUCUGUCAGCUGUUGGCGUCACGGCAUGAGAUGUGUCUGUCUACCGGAAGAGUGUGGUGAGUUCUGUGGUGUCAUUGCCCAGCAGGCCGAGCAGCCCCUCGUACUCCGACGCAGACAGCGAUGUGCCCUUCGGCGCGGACACCCGCUGCACGUGUAGCACCUCCAUCUCAUCCGCAUGGAAGAAGUCCGACCCGCCCAGAUAAGCAGGAUCGCCAUUGCUAUCCCCCUCCCCCUCCCCCGUGUAGCCCUCAGGCAGAUAGUGGCCCAAGGUGUACUGAUGGCAGCUGCGGAUGUCGGCUGCCGGCCGGUCACUGCCCUCGUCCUUACCCAAAUACAGCCGCCCACCGAUGACCACAUUCGCACCCCACACACUCCCCUCCCUCCCCGCCACACGCACAUUCUGCUCCGCUCGGAUGAUGUCGACCUUGGUCGGCUUGCCGAAGUGACCCGCCAAUGAGAAAUGCCACAGAUCACAGUCGUACCAGUGCCAGUCGGUCGGGUCGUCGGGUAAGAAGGCCGCAACAAGUACCAGUAUCCAGACCGCAAUUGAUGUACGCGCCGAAGACGUACGGACAUCAAACACAUACAAAUACUUGUCCUUCCUAAUAACAAACACGAGAGGCAUUGCAUCGCCCACAUUGUCCAGCAUAUCGCCGUAGGUGGUGCCAUGCACAGACGUCCUACACACAGACACACACACACACACAGAAUCUGCCCAUCAGCUGUCACAUGACCCAUCCCAGCACUGUUGGCAUGAUGCGUGUCUACCGGUAGAGUGUGGUGAGGUCUGUGGUGUCAUUGACCAGCAGGCCGAGCAGCGCAUCAGACUCCGACGCAGACAGCGAUGUGCCCUUCGGCGGUGAGGCCUCCUGCACGCGACGCAAGUGGAUCUAAACACACGAGUCAUCCUCUCACACAUCAAAUGAAAUGAAUGGAUUGAUCGUGUUACCUGUUGGGCGGGCCUUGCCUCAACAGACGUUGCCACGCAGAGGAUCAGCAGGACAGUCACUGCCCGAAUCGCCAUGAAGUGAACUGGACGAUAGCAGUCAACAAGUCUUCUUAUUGAUUUCUAAGGUAGCAGAUGAACAAAGGCAGCGUCUGAAGUCAACAAGAAGACAGGAAGACAAGGCAGACAGACAGGGGGAGAGACCAGGCGAGGAGGGAGGGCUCUCUCUCUGUCGGGGUCUGAUCGAGGCUGCCGCUUCCAGAUUUCGAGUGGGUAAACCUUGGAGUGGUUGUGAUACGCUCGGCGGGCUCCGCUCCCACGGGGUCGCGCCGACUGCACGUCGUC